CAUGAGCGGCAAAGAGAGAGCAGGACGAGAGAUAGGCGUAGAGGUAGAGACAGAGGCAGGGAAAGAGAAAGAGACGGAGACAGCAGUUAUAGGAAUAGGGACAGACAUAGAGAUAGAUAUGAUAGAUUAGAUCGGCACAGAGACCGGAACUAUGACGGGGAUUAUGAUAGGAGAAGGGAUAAGGACAGGGAUAGGCAUAGGCAUAGAAGAGAUGGACAUGAGGAGAAUGGAGAUAGAAGGGAGUCUGACAAAGAUGAGGAUCGAGGGAGCAAUAGGCGGCACAUAUCAAAUGAACCCGAACUAUACAAAGUGUACAAAGGGAGGGUGUCAAGAGUGAUGGACACAGGCUGCUUCGUGCAAUUGAACGAUUUGAGAGGGAAGGAGGGUCUGGUGCAUGUCUCGCAGAUUGCUACUAGGAGGAUUAGUAAUGCUAAAGAUGUUGUGAAGCGGGAUCAGGAGGUCUAUGUGAAGGUGAUUUCUGUUUCGGGUCAGAAAUUGAGUCUUUCUAUGAGGGACGUUGAUCAGGAGACUGGCAAGGAUUUACUUCCUCUGAAGAGGAGCUCAGAUGAUGAUGCCUUUAGGACUAAUCCUUCAGGGUCCAAGGAGGGGCCAGUGGCUACAACUGGGCUUUCAGGGAUUUCGAUUAUGGAGGAAAACAAUACUGUUCCAUCACGCAGGCCAUUGAAGAGAAUGAGUUCGCCCGAGAGAUGGGAGGCGAAGCAGUUGAUUGCCUCUGGUGUCUUGAGGGUGGAUGAGUAUCCAAUGUAUGAGGAUGAUGGAGAUGGAUUGCUCUAUCAAGAAGAGGGUGCUGAGGAGGAGCUUGAGAUUGAGUUGAAUGAAGAUGAGCCUGCAUUUUUGCACGGGCAAACCAGAUAUUCUGUUGAUAUGUCACCAGUGAAGAUAUUCAAAAAUCCUGAAGGUUCGUUGAGUCGUGCAGCUGCACUUCAAUCUGCACUCAUAAAGGAGAGGAGGGAAGUGCGAGAACAGCAGCAGAGAACCAUGCUCGAUUCAAUUCCAAAAGAUCUUAAUCGACCAUGGGAGGACCCAAUGCCAGAAACUGGUGAGAGGCAUCUUGCACAGGAGCUUAGAGGUGUUGGCUUGUCAGCUUAUGAUAUGCCCGAAUGGAAGAAAGAUGCAUUUGGAAAAGCUCUAACUUUUGGGCAGAGAUCAAAGCUCUCCAUCCAGGAGCAGAGGCAGAGCUUGCCUAUUUACAAAUUAAAAAAGGAGUUGAUACAGGCCGUGCAUGAUAACCAAGUCCUGGUUGUCAUUGGUGAGACAGGCUCCGGAAAGACUACACAGGUGACACAGUACCUUGCAGAAGCAGGCUACACCACAAGAGGUAAGAUUGGUUGUACUCAGCCACGUAGGGUAGCAGCAAUGUCUGUUGCUAAGAGAGUUGCAGAGGAGUUCGGUUGUCGCUUGGGGGAAGAAGUUGGGUAUGCAAUUCGGUUUGAAGAUUGCACUGGACCAGAUACUGUGAUCAAGUACAUGACUGAUGGUAUGCUUCUUAGGGAGAUUCUUAUUGAUGAGAGCCUCUCUCAGUACUCUGUUAUCAUGCUUGAUGAAGCUCAUGAGAGAACAAUUCACACUGAUGUCCUUUUUGGAUUGCUUAAACAUCUUGUAAAAAGGAGACCUGACCUUCGAUUGAUUGUCACCUCAGCUACAUUAGAUGCUGAGAAGUUCUCAGGGUACUUUUUCAAUUGUAAUAUUUUCACAAUCCCCGGAAGAACUUUUCCUGUUGAGAUACUUUAUACCAAGCAGCCAGAAAGUGACUACUUAGAUGCUGCUCUGAUUACUGUCCUACAGAUUCACUUGACAGAGCCUGAAGGUGAUGUCCUCCUCUUCUUGACUGGUCAGGAAGAGAUUGAUUUUGCAUGCCAGUCUCUUUAUGAGAGGAUGAAAGGACUGGGUAAAAACGUUCCUGAGCUUAUUAUUUUGCCAGUAUAUAGUGCUCUUCCUAGUGAAAUGCAAUCUAGGAUUUUUGAACCUGCCCCUCCAGGAAAGAGGAAAGUGGUUGUGGCAACAAAUAUUGCUGAAGCAUCUUUGACAAUUGAUGGGAUAUACUACGUCGUUGAUCCUGGUUUUGCAAAGCAAAAUGUUUAUAACCCAAAGCAAGGGCUAGAAUCAUUGGUGAUAACUCCCAUUUCACAAGCAUCAGCCAAGCAACGGGCUGGGCGUGCUGGCCGCACAGGGCCUGGGAAAUGUUACCGUCUAUAUACUGAGAGUGCAUACCGCAAUGAGAUGUCCCCAACAACAAUUCCAGAAAUCCAAAGGAUCAAUCUUGGACAUAUUACUCUCAACAUGAAGGCCAUGGGUAUAAAUGAUCUCUUGUCUUUUGAUUUUAUGGAUCCGCCUGCCCCUCAAGCCCUGAUUUCUGCCAUGGAACAGUUAUACAGUCUUGGAGCUCUGGAUGAGGAGGGCCUCUUGACUAAAUUGGAGAAAAUGGCAGAAUUUCCUCUGGAGCCACCACUGUAUAAAUUGGAUGUUGUGAGUGCAGGAAAGAAUUUCACCAAGAUUAGGAAGGCAAUCACAGCAGGAUUCUUUUUUCAUGCUGCUAGAAAGGACCCUCAAGAAGGCUAUAGGACGCUAGUUGAGAACCAGCCAGUGUACAUUCACCCCAGCAGUGCACUUUUCCAGAGACAACCGGACUGGGUCAUUUACCAUGAGCUGGUAAUGACCACCAAAGAGUACAUGCGAGAGGUAACAGUUAUUGAUCCUAAGUGGCUUGUGGAAUUGGCUCCAAGAUUCUUCAAAGUAGCAGAUCCUACCAAAAUGAGUAAGCGCAAGCGUCAAGAACGUAUUGAGCCACUCUAUGAUAGAUACCAUGAACCUAAUUCUUGGCGUUUGAGCAAACGACGUGCAUGAUGUACGGUUAACUUUGCUAUUUUCUUCAACUAGUUGUGGAAUUCAAGCUCAAAAGCAUAACGGAAUCCACACGGGUUACUAAAACAGGAAAGAAUUGUGGGAGUUAGGGUGAUAAAUUAAGUUGCGGCUCUUUUUUUUUUUCCAACAGAAGUUGCAUUUUGUCUGUGAUUGUCCUAACUGGCUACUGUCACAAGGAUUUAUGGUCGCAAGUGAAUAGACAGAACAAGGAUUGGAUGAUCCUCGGUGGUAUGAUCUAGUCUACUUCAUAUGUGCGUAUAUACAAGGAAUGGUUUUAAUUGGAGUUUCGUCAGAUAAAGGUAUUUCUCUCUUGUGCCUGCAAUAUCUUCUCUCGUGGUAAGAAACUCCUGGUUCAUAGUUUUGUUGUAAUUAAUUCUCUCACUGUGAUACGUGAUAUCUACUACCCCUUAUGCAACAUCAUCUUGGUUCUCAAUUGCA